CAAAUAUGCGAAUCAAGUACAACAAUCAAACAACAUAAUAAUUUUCACAAAGAAAAUUAAAAAAAAUAUUUAUGUUAUAUAGUCUUAUUUUAUAUUCUUUAAAUAAUGUAAUACAAUAUUAUACAUUAUUUUUUUAGAAUUGAGAAAUACAUAUAAUAUCUUAUCCGCGCGUAGCGCGGUUAAAAACUCUAGUAUUAUUAAUUUUGGGUCAAAUUCUUCAUAGUAUUUCCACAAAAAUCAAUAAAUAUUAAUUACAUUUCCGAAUUAAUAGAAAUAAAGUUGAAUUUGGAAAUACCGUGAACACUUUGACACAAGAAAAAACACUAUGGAGGAAAGAGUCUACUUUUAUUUCUACUAGAGGCAUUGCCUCCGCGUAAGUGCGGAGUUGUGGACAUAGUUCUUAUUUCAUCUUAAUAUUUGUUUGGGUUAUUGUAGUUGUGAAUUUUGCGUUUUGAAUUGUUUUUCAAGUUUUUUUUUUAUAGUUAUAGGGUUAGAGUUAUGAUGAUGAACUGUGUAUGCAUUGUUCUCCACUUAUGAAAGACUAAACUGUGUUAGUAAUGUGAUUGAUAUAGUUCGUGUUGUUAUUUGUUAUGUCACUGAGAUUUAUUAUUUGUUUCUUGUACUGUUGAGAGUACAUAAAUUAUAUUAAAGCUGUUGAGAGUUUUUUUUUUGGAUAUUUUUUCUCCAGCUUAGUUAUGUAAGUUGUGUAUAUUAAGUAAUAAUUUUUCUUAUCCUUAUUAUGUUUGUUAUAUGUUUUUAUUUUAUUUUUAAACUUGUUGCUCUUUACCGGACCUUUAAAACAAAUACAUGAAGACUUGUAGAAAUAACUAUAAAAUGAGUGACAGUUCUGAGUAUUUGGGUUUUAAUGAGUUUUAAACGAAUAUAUGUAUUUCUCAUAAGAAGACAAUAGCAUUGACAUGUUGACAUUGGGCAUAUAAGCUAUUUUAUCAGGCAAGAAGAGUGAGCAGGUGGAGAUGUUGUUGCCGCCAUUGUGUCUGUCGGGAUUGUCUGUUGUAUCUCCUGUUGUGGUUGUGUUUGUUUUUGUUUAUCUUUUAUUUGAUGGGUAAUAUGUAAACAAAAAUCAUUGUUCGUUGUAUUUAUCAGAGUUCAUAACUUACUCUGUUGUUUUUUGUUUAGGUAAUUUCAUUGAUCUUGGUUGCCGUCUUCGUCUUCUUCGUUGCGAAAGUAAGUUUGUAAAUUGUUAAAUAGCUGAUCGUGUAGUUUGUAUUUGUUUAGCUGACUCGAUGUAUGUGUCAUUGAGUUUUAGUUGAGGUGAUUGGUUUGGUAUAUUUAUUUUGAAGUUUAUUUCUAAUAUUAGACAAAAAAAGAGGUGAUCAUUAAUGAUUCGUCUUUUUUGGAAUUAUAGUUUUUGGUGUUUUGAUUGUUUGGGUUGUUGUGGUUUUUUUUAAGUUGUAAAAUAAAGGUUUGUGUAAAAUUAGUUUGAUAAGUAAGGGAGAUAAAUAGACGACCACAAAAUUUGGGUAGGAAAUAUUUUUGAUUAUUGAUGUUAGUACAAUAUAGAUGGUAAUAUAAAGGGAAUUGUGUAUUGAUUGUUUCUUACGGAUCAAUGAGGAGACGGAUAACGACUCGAGUUGUUUCUUUACUAAGGUCAAAACCUUGGACAUAACGGAUUUGCCCAACCACAUCUGCAAGUUUAAAUAUCAUUUAUGACAAAGACAGAUAUUAUAAACCCAUAUGCAAUAUGAUAAUAUACCUGAGAGUUCUAGCACCCAUGAUGACUUCAUCAAUAAUAGUUGGUGAGAUGAAACAAAUGAGAAAUGGAUGAUCAAUUAUCUUGUACAUGCUUGAGCACCUAACAACCUCAAAACAUUCAACUUUCACAAUGGAACCGGUUUUCAAAGAUGACAUGUAAUGAUUAGCACGUCCGGCGGGAAUAAACCCAUGAAUAACGAAAUCUGCAAAUAAUAUUAUUUAACAAAGAAUCAGGAAAUCAAUUAAAAACAACUAUAUUAAAUAAGUGUGAUAAAUUGAAGAUUAACUUAUCUUUUCAUCAAGGAAAAGAACCGUGAUUCCUAUAAACUCACUGUCUUUCUUGAAGUUCAUGAAAUCCCAUAAGCGAGGAGGUUAGAGGCUAUGCUCUGACUACUACAACCAACACGGAGAGACUCGAAGGUUGAGUGACGGAUGCCGAGAAUGCCGGUUUGAGGAACUGGAGAGGCAGAUAGACAUUUUCUAGAAGAUUGUUAAAACCAAGAGGAAACAAUGAGUUUUGUGGAGAUGCAGAAUGGAUUCAUCAAAGAUGAGAAUCAUAUAUAUAUGGUUUACAGAAAUGCUAUAAAUCAGGAACAUUUAAGAUCAAGCGAUUUAAGAUGGGGAGAUGAAGAGUUCACCGGUGAAAAAUAGAUUACGAAUAGACACAAGGGCACAACUCUGUAACUCAGAUUUGUUUGAGACAAUGAUGAAAAGAACUCUAACUCGUGUUAAACGAAGACAAUUUACAAUAUGGAAAAAAUAUAAUUGUUGUUUUUUUCAUAUAACGUGAUUAAUCUCAUUUAAAAAUGAAACUUAUAAUACACUUGUAAGUCCGAUCUACAGAGAAAACUGAAAAAGCAAAGGUUUCUGACUUUCAUAAAUAUAUAUUAGUUUCAGUCAUGUACAAAGUAUCCUUUAAUAAAGUAUAUUUUAGUUUACUGAUAUAAAUAUUAAUGUUUAUAUCUAAAUAAUUUGGAUUCGAGCCACAAGCACACUUUUUAAAAGUGCGACCCACCAAAAUGUUGAUGUGUCGCCUCAUGUAAAAGGUACUGUACUAUUAUAUUAUAGAUUACUACGUAUCUUAAAUAAUGUUUCAAUAUUAACACACGAAAUUAGGUUUAAAAAUUCUCUAUUACAUGCUUUUGUAAAAUUGAAAUUAAGAAACGUUUAAUCUUUUAUCUUUUAAGCAAAAAAUAUCAUUAAUUAUUCAUAUAAGCACAAUUCGAUCAAUAAUAAAAUAAAAUGAUUUAAAGAUUCUCUAUGUAAGCGUGUACACAAACCGUAUAAAUAUCAGUUUUAUAUAUUUUGCGUGGUUCACGAUUGCUUAUAGACUUGUAUAUAGUCAAUGGGAUUUAAUGUUUUAUCAUACCCUAACAGCUUACAAAUUACUGUUGGUGUAUUAAAUGCUAUACCUUUUCAUCUAGAGACCUUAAAAUCAACUAACAAUAAUUGAGAAAAUUCACACAUAUCGUUCUAUAUUUUAAAUCGUCUAUUUUAAGAAUUUAUUUGCUUUAACCAAUUCUUGUUAGUAUGAGCACUCAUAACAUCACGAUCGGCAACCAACAAUAACUAAUCUUUGGCCAUCUACUAUGUACAUCACAAUUCGUAUAUAUACUCGUACUCUUCUGGAUUAGUUAUAUACUCGGUCGAUAGGAAUAUAAACAAUAGGAAUAUAUACUCGUACUCUUCUGGAUUAUAAUUGGGUCGUGCGAAGAGCAUACAAGUAUUCUUUGUCAAAAAAAAGAGAGUAUACAGGUAUUGUUCUAUUGUCAGUUUUAUCUUAUAAAAGGAAGAGAUAUUAUUAGCAUAUCCGAUCAAGAUGACUGUUUGUUUAACUUGGGUCUUUCCGACUGAUGGUUCUUAAAUUAAUAAUAUUAUAUAAAAACUGAUAUUAAAAUUUUUUUUUUGCAAGAGAUGUAUAUGCGUUAAGGAUGAGCACGAAUCAAAUAUUAGGUUUUGAAAUAUUUGUGAUCUGAUCUGUUUCAUCCGAAUAAUCAAUAAUUUAAUUUCAUCCGCUACCGAAAUGUGAGAAAUUUUGGUAUUUUGAUAUUUGAAUUUUUUUUAUAUAUUUUUAAUCAUUUAUCCAAUUUGAUUCGUAAAAACAAAAUUAAUAUUUUUUAAAAGUAUAUAAAUAAAUAAUUCAAUUAAAUAAAAUUCUUAAGUUUCUAUACAAAAUAUAUUAAUUUUAUAUUAUAUAACCAUUUAUGUUUUGUGCUUAUUUUAAUUUUAUCAUUGAUCGAAAUUGUAGUUGGCUAAAUAGUUAAUGAUUAUAUUUAGAAGAGAAUUAUUAUUUUUAAUCUGUACGAAUAAUUCUAAAUGUCAUCUAUAUAAAAACAGAAAAGAGUAUUUUAUUAUUGUGAGUAUACGACCCAUUACAUGUGUACCUAAAAAGGAUUUCAUGGUACACGAUUAUAAAAUUUGUGCGGCAUGUGUCAGACUGUCAGGUUGGUGAAAACAACACCAAAGGAAAAUACACAACCAUUUUCACACGGUGUCAAUAACUUAUGAUUGCUUUGUCAAUAGAUAUUACAAUCAGAAAUCGAAGUAUAUGCCAAUAUGUGAAUGCAGAAAAGUAUAUACCACUCAUCUAUAAUUUUGUCAACGUCUUUCAAACUAUCAUUUGUUUGACUGAUUCUCUUUAUUUCUAAUUUAAGAAUUCUUAUAAAAGGGGGUGUCGCUUUCUUCAACAAGUUUUGAAAAUUUUUUUCUUCCGGUGUAGCCUUUAUUCAAUUCCAUGACAGAACCAGAGUUGACAAGACAUUACGUGCUCUGUAAUAACUCGACUCGCUUCUUAUAUUCAUGUCAAAACUUAAAAGAGUUUCAAGUUUGGUCUCAUAUCAAGAUUACAAAAGAUGGCAGAAAGGGUAGAAGCAUCUGUUACAGAUGGAGAAAGUACGAUCGAAGAAAGAGACAGAGAACUUAUGAGGGAAUUUGAGGAGAGACUCGAUCAACCCAUGGAUGAAGAAGCUAAUAUGCUCAAGGACAUGAACAAAGAAAAGGGCCUAUCGACGUUGAUGCUACUGAGACUAUCAUUCCAAAGUCUAGGGAUAGUUUACGGCGAUUUAGGGACUUCUCCAUUGUAUGUGUUCUACAAUACAUUCCCUGAUGGGAUUAAAGAUAGUGAAGAUGUCAUCGGAGCUCUUUCUUUGAUCAUUUACUCUCUUCUGCUCAUACCUCUCAUCAAGUAUGUCUUCAUUGUCUGCAAAGCUAAUGACAAUGGUCAAGGUGGGACUUUAGCUAUAUACUCAUUGCUUUGUAGACAUGCUAAAGUGAAUCUCAUCCCAAAUCAGCAACGCAGCGAUGAGGAUCUCACGACUUAUAGUCGAACUUUAGUAGCUGAAGGAUCUUUCGCUGCUAAAACAAAGAAGUGGUUGGAGAGUAGACAUUCCAAGAAGAGAGCACUUCUUGUCGUUGUUCUUCUAGGGACGUGUAUGAUGAUAGGUGAUGGUAUCUUAACCCCAGCCAUCUCCGUUCUUUCAGCCACUGGUGGGAUCAGAGUCAACAAUCCAAAGAUGAGCAGCGACAUCGUUGUGCUUGUGUCCGUCAUCCUUUUAAUUGGACUGUUCAGUAUGCAACACUAUGGUACAGACAAGGUAGGAUGGCUCUUUGCGCCUAUCGUUCUUAUUUGGUUCCUCUUCAUUGGAGCCACUGGCAUAUACAACAUCUGCAAACACGAUACAAGCGUUUUAAAAGCGUUUUCGCCAAAAUAUAUAUACUUGUACUUCAAAAGAAGAGGGCGAGAUGGUUGGAUUUCGCUCGGUGGCAUUCUUCUCAGCAUAACAGGCACGGAGGCACUAUUCGCGGACAUUUCUUAUUUCCCUUUACAAGCGAUACAGCUAGCCUUUACACUUUUUGUGUUCCCUUGUCUUCUACUAGCAUACUGCGGACAAGCUGCGUUUCUUGUGAACCACAAGGAACAUUAUAAAGACGCCUUCUAUGCAUCUAUCCCUGAAAGCGUAUAUUGGCCGAUGUUAAUAGUGGCGACCGGAGCUGCAUUCGUUGGGAGCCAAGCUACCAUCUCAGGGACUUAUUCGAUAAUCAAACAGGCUGUGUCUCAUGGAUGUUUCCCUCGAGUUAAAAUUGUUCACACUUCCAAGAAGUUCCUAGGUCAGAUCUAUUGCCCUGAUAUUAACUGGAUACUCAUGAUUGGUUGCAUCACCGUCACUGCUAGUUUCAAGAACCAGACCGAGAUCGGAAAUGCAUACGGAACUGCGGUUGUGGUCGUGAUGCUUGUGACUACAUUACUGAUGGUGCUGACCAUGCUUCUCGUGUGGCGGCGCCACUGGAUCUUUGUCCUUGUAUUCACCAUUCUCUCCCUCUUGGUGGAAUUGUCGUACUUCUCCGCUGUGAUUUUAAAGGUCAAUGAAGGAGGAUGGGUUCCGCUCAUGAUAGCAGCCAUCUCUCUUCUGGUAAUGUUUGUUUGGAAUUACGUAACAGUCAAGAAGUAUGAGUUUGAAGUGCACAGUAGAGUUUCCAUGAGCUGGAUCCUCGGUCUCGGUCCCAGCCUUGGUCUUGUACGUGUCCCCGGGAUCGGGUUGGUUCACUCGGAACUAGCGAGUGGUGUCCCUCGCAUCUUCUCUCAUUUUAUCACUAACCUCCCCGCGAUUCACUCCGUCGUAGUGUUUGUAUGCGUCAAGAACCUUCCGGUAUACACUGUCCCUGAAGAAGAGAGGUUUCUUGUGAAGAGAAUCGGACCAAAGACAUUCCGAAUGUUCCGCUGCGUAGCCAGGUAUGGUUACAAAGAUCUACACAGGAAAGACGACGAUUUUGAAAACAAACUGUUGGAUCAUCUCUUCUCGUUCAUCCAAACCGAAACAAUGAUGGAGUCAGAUUCAAACUAUAGCCCUUAUUCCUUUAACCAUAGACAAGAUUCCAGAGAUGAAUUGAUACGUAACAACAACAACCACGGUAGAAAAGAUAAAAACAUGGUUAUGUUCUCAUCGAUGGUGGACUACACGGAAUCCGCGAUAGUUCCAGCUGAUUCACCACAUAGCGCAAUGAGUUUCAGUCAGAACUACCCGGUGGAGGAAGAGGAGGAGGAGGAGGAAGAUGAGUUGGAGUUUCUAAAGAUUUGUAAAGAAACAGGGGUUGUCCAUAUCAUGGGAAACACCGUGGUGAAAGCUAGAAAAGGAUCAUUGCUUCCAAAGAAGAUAGCCAUUGAUUAUGUUUACCGGUUUCUUGCUAAGAUGUGUAGGGCUAAUAGUGCUAUCUUACAUGUUCCCCAUGAAACCCUUUUAAACGUUGGACAAGUCUAUUAUGUUUAGCGUUUUUCAACUUUUGUAAAACAAUUGCUGAUAAAAGGGUAAUAAAGGACACUAAUCACAAGGCUAGACCAUACAAACUGUUAUGGUUUUGGUGUUGUGAAAUCAAUCAAAGUUUCAUAUUGAAAGUUUAGAUAAAUAACUCGAAACCAAAAAUCCAUGUUGAUUUUACCGAUAGGUCCAAAGUAUCAUAUUAAUAAUAUUAAUAGGUUCCAGAAGAGUUGGACAUGGACUUGAAAAAGCUCAACAUUUGGUCAUGGUGAAGUUUUUUUUAUCAAAAUGAAUCUUAUUGCAUUUAUUAGAAGUCCUGAAAAAAUCCCAAGAACCAAUAUUCAACAGAUGGCUAGAUGAAGCAGCGUCACUCAUGAUCAGUGGCCAUCUUUUUUUUUUUUUGAUAAUUCAUGUAUCCGGACCUCUCACUUAGUCCGACUAUCCCACCGCGUCCAACCGGAACUGACGAGGAAGGUCCUGGAGACCAAACGGAAACCAUGCUAAAUUCGCUGUGGUCAGGGCUCGAACUCGUGAUGGCGGACACCUCAGCCGAGGUUCCUUUACCACCAGACCACGAGGCUCGAAACCAGGUUGAUGACGUUACGUUUUGCCCCAUAAUUAAGUGUUUAUUACGUGUCUACCUUUUUAUGCCUUUCUGUUAUACACGAAACGUACAUGCUUUCUGUGUGUAUAUCUUUUACGCAUGUUUAUACAGUUUACCGUUUGGAAAAUGUUCUUUAGAUUUUAUUUUAGAAUUCUCAAGAUUUUAUUUUAGAAUUCUCUUAUAUCACAAUACUAAAAGCACAAUAAGCUCGACGGAGAGAGCUGCCACGUAUUAAAUUAAAUCGACCAAUUAGAAAGCAGUAUGGUGCCAGGUCACGCCAGUUUUGUAGAAACCCUACCUGUCUUAUCGUCUUCACCUUCUUCCUCCGCAUCAGAGAAACUAAUGCGUUUCUAAAUUCUCCGAUCCUCAUAUAUUAUUUCGUCUUCCACUCCUCUGGCUCAAACCCAUAUCUCGCUUCUGCUCACUUUGCAAUAUUCACCAAAUAAAUAAGUAAUCACAUCAAGCAAUGGAAACCAAAGCAUAAUCCACCAGCAAGGCGCUAAUGGCUGUUCUUCAACGAUGUCUCUCAUGGCUUGGUGGAUCGCCUUUCACAUGCUUUUACUUUCUUGCUUCUCUCUUUUAUCGAAGUUUCUGAGGAAAGAUUACAAUAGCUGUAGUGAUCUAUUGUCAGCUUAAGGCAUUCUUUUACUGUGGAUAGAACCUGUCAGAACUGGUUUAGAUUGAAAUUUUUUGAUGUGUCAUCUCGCUUUGCUCUUUCAGAUUCUUUUUUACCAAAUUCACAAGUCUUCCUCCAUUGUUUGUGAAUAAAAUCUGGAGCUGACUCUUGCAAGUAAGUUUCUCUUAUUGGCUCUCUCUAUAUAUAUAUGUAAAUAUUGUGUGUCAAGUUUAUAUUUUUGGAUUUUCCCAUCAAUUGCAUGUAACUUUUCUCUUCUCAUUAAGACAUGGGAUUACAUACUUAGUUUUGGUCUAUAUCUCUGAAGCUCUCUGAAGCUUACAAGACCUGAUGAAUUGUGUCAGUUUUUCUUCUUCUUUGGUUUGUAUUACUAUACAGAUAUGUCUCUUGACCACUUGAACUGGUGGUUUCAGUGAUUAUAAAUUUUUAUUUUGUAGUUUGGGAUCUUUGUUAAGCAAUGUACACAGAAUAUUUCAGGUCCUACUAUCAGUCUUGCGAGACUUAUCGGAAGAUACGUGAAGCUUCAAGAAUAGACAGCCACAAACUUAUACCAAUGUGGUUCAGGGAUAAAAGAGAGAAAGAGCAACAACGUCUAUGUAAGAUCCAAAGAGAUGAUGAUGCUGUAACAUCACAAGCACCUCAAGAACCUACGACUCCUAAUGCUGGUGAUGCCUUACGUUCACUGUAGGAUCAAUAUUGAAUCACACAUGAAUCGACCAACAAAUAUUUCUCCUCUUAAGGAUUAUCUAUGAGCAAGCUGUUAUUCGGAGCGUAAAAAAUGAGAAUCAAGAUGCUUUUCAAAGAUUACUUCCUUUUGACAUUGGCAAAAGUCUAUUUCCAAAAGGGGGUUGUCUCAGUGUUUCCUUUUUCUAUGGAGCUUCGCUGUAUACAUGGUCAAUCCAUUUCUCAGGCCAUGAACUCCAAGAAAGAAGAAGAGGAAGGCAAUGAAAGAACCACAUUUGAAAACGUGGCAAGAGAGAUUAUUAAACAAUAGAUACACCUCACUUGACUUUUUCAGGUGGUUUUGGACACCAAUGAAUAUUGCUAUUGUAAUGAAAUAUGCUAAUGGAGGUGAACUAUUUGAGCAUAUAUGUAGCGCUGGAAGAUUCAGGGAGGAUGAUGUGAGCUUGACAUUUAUAGAUGAGACUAUAUAUAUUGUUCAUAUAUAGCAUUAUUUUCAGAGGAGAGUUAUAUAUUGUCUAAUGUAGUUUUGACGAAAAGGAAUAGAAUUUACAUAGAUAUUGUAUCUGUAGUAGCUAGCAUAGGAAACAAAUGAGGUAUAUGAUCUAUUUUUUUAUCAUUUGUAGCUUUCUUACUUUAGGUCUCAAACUUUUGUACUCAUCUUUUUUUGCUAGGCAAGAUCAUUUUUCCAGAAGAUUAUUUCAAGAGCCAGCUAUUGCCAUGAUGUAGUAAGAAAUGACUUACGAAGUUCUUCUUAACUCUCGCAGACGUACUGAAGCUUUGUUUAUCAUUCCUGUAGUCACAUUAUUUUUCUUUAUAGUAAUAGCAAAUAUGCCAG